CCUCGCGACCGCGCGUGCGUCGCGUCCCCGUCUACGUCAGAGGCGCCACUGGACGCGGCUGCCCACUCGCCGUCUGGCAGCCGAGGCCCGCACAGUAGCAGCGCCGCCAUGGCAGCACCACGCGCCGCGCUCCUCGUCCUCGCCGCAGUACUGCUCUGCGCUGUCGUCGCUGCACCGUCAGGCACCAAGCUGACGAAGGAGCAGCUGCGCGCCAUGUUCAUGAAGAACCUGCGCCGCUUCCGGUCGUUCCCGUGCCGGGAACCGCAGAGGCGCUCCGUGAUGGUGGGCGACCUGCUGCUGCGCAAGGGCGAGCUGUCCCCCAGCCAGACGAUCGCGCCGCCGGCCACGGUGCUGCACCUCUGCGGGCCCUCCACCGGCUGCUGCUACAGCUCCGACACGGUGUGUGCGCCGCUGGAAAACCAGACGGUGACUCUGCCGUUCCGAGUGCAGGACACCCUGCAGGGCUCCGACUUCAGCGACAUGUCCAUCAACUUCGUCAACCACACGCGCUGCGGCUGCGUGUCCAGGACUGAGGCCCGUGACACGGAGGAAGUCGUCUGGGAGACCAACAGCGUCGCUUGACUCGCUCCGGGGGCGAAGCCCGCGUCGACACGCAGUGCCGGUCUGCGACACGGUAGCCGA